GUUUUGACAUGAACUGUUCUUGUCUCGAGUCCUGAAAGUCAAACAAGCCCAACUUUGUCUCACUUACGCCGAAAUCCCAUGGUUUUGUGCUCUCUUGUACAACACCAUUAGCCACAAUGACGGUCUCUACGCACCCUUUUGACCCCCUAGAGCCAAGGGAAAUCUCCAAGGUUGCAGACAUCACACGCUCUGCACUCCCCGGACAAAGUCUUAUCUUCCGCGUCAUCACGCUGCAAGAGCCCCCAAAAGAGGAGAUGCUCCAGUUCCUGGAGCGGGAGCACGCCCUGCAAUCGGUCAACGAUCGGCCAGCGCGAAUGGCUCGCGUGCAAAUCAUUACGCGCGAUGCAUUAGGAAAGAAUAAACUCAUGGAACUCCUGGUCGAUCUCGACCGCGCAGUCGUGGUGAAGCAGGAGCAUCUUGCGGGAAAGCACUCGUACAUUGAUUCGAGCCACAUGCAGUCCGUGGAGAAGGCCUGUCUGGCGGAUGCGCGAGUCCAGGACGAAAUCAAAAAGCUUGCGCUGCCGACUGGGGCGUCUGUCAUUGUGGAAGCGUGGGCGUAUGCGCCGGAUGGGAUGAAUGAUAUGUCGGAGCGGGUGACAAUGGUGGGCACUUCCAUAUACUCUGUUGCUCUUCUCCGAGGGGAACAUGAGAACAAUACACAAGCUAAUCAAAACAGUGCUGGUUCUAUAUGCGGCUCGUCGACAAUCCCGACGCCAACUACUAUGCCUAUCCGCUGGAUCUCUGUGCUGAAGUGUCGGAGCAGCUUCAAGUGACGAAAGUCUACCAACUACCCUCCUCGGUGAAUGACCGCACCCACGACACACCACAACCAUACGACCACCGCAAAAUCCAGUCGCCUGCGGCCAGUGAGUACCACCCCAGUCUACGACCAUCGCCGCGCACCACCACCAAACCCUAUCAAGUGGUGCAGCCCGAGGGCCCCUCGUUUGAGACUCACGGAAAUCGCCUGUCCUGGGAGAAGUGGAGCAUGCGGGUGGGGUUCAACUAUCGCGAGGGGCUGACCCUGCACGAUAUCCGCUAUGACGGCCGGAGCCUCUUCUACCGCCUGUCACUGGCGGAGAUGUUUGUGCCGUAUGGAGAUCCCCGCUCGCCGUACCCACGCAAGGCCGCCUUUGACCUUGGCAACGACGGUGCCGGGAUCAACGCCAACAACCUGCGUCUGGGAUGUGACUGCCUCGGAGUAAUCAGGUAUUUCGACGGCUGGCACAACACAGGCGCCGGCGAGCCCCUCAAGCUCCCGAACGUCAUCUGCUGCCACGAGCAGGACGACGGGAUCCUCUGGAAACACACAAACUUCCGCACGCAAAAUGCGGCCGUCACGCGCGCGCGGGUCCUAGUCUUGCAGACGAUCAUCACGGUCAGCAACUAUGAGUAUAUCUUCGCCUUCUACUUCGGUCAAGACGCUUCCAUCCACUAUGAAGUCCGCGCGACGGGGAUCCUGUCCACCUGCCCCAUCAACGUCGGCGAUCAAGUCCCGUACGGUACUGUCGUAGGGCCUGGGGUGCUCGCGCCUUACCACCAGCACCUGUUCUGCCUCCGCAUGGACCCAGCGUUAGACGGACCGAAAAAUUCCCUCCAGGUCGAGGAGUCCGUCCCCAUGCCGGUGGGCGACCCGGCGGUUCACAAUCCGUUCGGCGUGGGAUACACCACCACGCGGAACAUCAUUCCACAGGAGCAGGGACUCGAUCUCGACUUCGCCAAAAAUCGCACCUUCAAGAUCAUCAACGAAGAGCGGAUCAAUCCCGUCACCGGAACCCCGGUGGGGUUUAAGCUGUUACCCUAUUACAGUCAGAUGCUGCUGGCGCACCCGCAGUCCAACCACGCCAAACGCUCCGAGUUUGCGAAGCACGCGGUCUGGGUCACGCGCUACCAGGACGACGAACUGUUCCCAUCUGGUCGACACACCAUGCAGUCCGCUGGGGGCGAGGGCAUCGCGUCGGCUAUCGAACAGCGCCAGAAGGGGCCUCCCGCGCAAUCAUCCGUCCGCAACGAAGACAUCGUGGUCUGGCACACAUUUGGCUCCACGCACAACCCGCGGAUCGAAGACUGGCCUGUUAUGCCGUGUGAAAAGAUGUCUGUCGGCCUGAAGCCGCUGAAUUUUUUCACGGGGAACCCUGGGUUGGAUGUCGCAUUGUCGACGCAAGAAACGAACCGUAGUGUUCAGGUGGGAGACGAGGCUGCGAUUCCCCCCUCGGGUUGCUGUAAAUUGUGAUGGCUCCAUAUGGCUCAAUAGACGAUCGACUUCAAGUCUGUCUACUAUAGUCGCAUCUAUUCAAAUAAUUGAAACCAGUCCCGCAUCGGGAAGAUCAGGCACACCAAUCGGCGAUGCCCCGC